AGGCGUUUGCAGAUUUCAGCGUAUUAACCAUGUUCAGUCACGAGACUUUUCAGACGCAGAUGUCGUCCGUGAUGGAGGCGCUGGUGCAGGCGGCGGUGACGGAGCUCCGGAGGCUGCUGGACGAGUGCUCGGCCAUGGCCGUGCAGCGCUGCUCACAUGUGCCCUGUGUGAAGAGUGAAGAGGAGGAGGAGGAGGAGGAGGAGGGUGAAGUGACGCUGCAGGAGGGAACCCAGCAGUUUAACAAGGCCAUGACGAGCAAGUUUGCAUCCCUCAUGGAAACAUGGACCAAAGGCGCAGUGGAGAAAAUGUCACUGAUGUUGAAAGCGUCCAUGGCUGAAGGUAAACCAGGUGCCGCUGCAGAGAAGGUGGGCGAAUUGAAGGACAAGCCCACACAGAAGAGGGUCAAGGCAAAAGCAGGACGAGCUGAUGGAUCCAAAAAGCAAUCUCCUGUCAAUGGCUCAUCCCGAAGGAGAAAGAAAAUUGAGGAGCUUCGAGCACCAGUGAGACGGAAAAUAAAAGUGAACAUAGCUAAUGUUGCCGGACAAGAAGAGGACAAAUCCGGCUCCCGGCCUUCACCGGACAAGGAGGUUCCCCCGGCCACACAUGAGGAGUCAGUCUCAGAACUAAGCGAGGAGGACGUGGCUCAGGACACCACUUCAACCACAGUCACAACCAAGACCAACAAGAGGAAGGCCACUGUGAAUCCAAUAAAGUGUCCCUCUUGUGAAAAAACGUUUGCUCAGAAAUGUUUUUUCGACAGGCACUUUUUGUGUCACUCCAAACCGCACCUGUGCUCCCAGUGCGGCAAACGUUUCGCCAGGCCGGAGGGGCUUGUUGCACAUGCAAGACGUCACACGGGAGAGAAACUCUUCAAAUGCUCAGAAUGUGGGACGGAGUUCGCCUACAAGAGUACCUUUAACAGACACAUGCGUCAACACACUGUAAAGAAACUGUCCACUCACACGUGCACAUUUUGUGAGGGUCAGUUCGCAGGCGCGUUGGCGCUGCAAAGACACAAAUGUUCUGCCUUGGAAAAAACGUUCAUCUGCUCGCUUUGCCCCAAGACUUUUGAUUGCAGGCAGAGUUUGGCCGAUCAUGAGAAUCUUCAUUCAGGGGAAAGAGACUUUGUUUGUGAAAUGUGCGGGGAGCGUUUCUUUUCGUCCUCGUCUUUGUCCACUCACAGGGUAACUCAUAUGCAAAAGGACACGUGCUGUGACGAGCUCGGCCUCGGAUGCAGCGAUAUAAGUGUUCUCCAAAACCAUCUGAGCAGGCACUCUGGAGAAAAACUUUUCACCUGCGAUGUUUGUGGCAAAGGUUGCAGCCAUCUAAGCGCUCUCAAGCACCACAUGCUUACCCACACGGGGGAGAGACCCUACGUUUGCGAGACGUGCGGCAAGCGCUGUGGCCACGCAAGUGCACUUCAAAACCACAUGAGGAUCCACACCGGGCAGAAACCAGGGCAGCGUCCGGUCUGCGAUGUGUGCGGCAAAUAUCUCAGCAGCAUGGUCAAACUCAAAUAUCACAUGAAUGUACAUACGGGGGAAAAACCGUACGCCUGUGAUCAGUGUGGCAAAAAGUUCCGCAACCCGAGCAAUCUCAGAAAGCACAACAUCACUCACACCGGCGAGAAAAUGUACGGCUGUACCAUUUGCGGUAGAAGGUUUACUCAGUCUGGCAGCCUCAAGUUGCACAGACGCAUCCACACCGGUGAGAGGCCUUACAGUUGUACAGUUUGCAGUAAAGCAUACUUCAAACGCUCCGAGUUAAAAAAGCAUCAGAUGGUUCACAUGCCACACCAGUCAGUAGAUGCACAGUCUUGAAAAAGGUGCAGUUGCUUUUUAAGUCAUAUACACUGGAGACACUAACUUGUUGUGACAAGUGACAUUUAUGACAACGCUUGGCCAGCAGGAAAAGCUAUUUUGUCAUUUUUUUGACAGAAAAUGAUAAAACGCUAAAUAAUCCAUUAAUUUAAAUUUUCCCUGAACCAGAUCCUAAAUGUCUAUUUUUGCUGAUUGGCAUUUAAGGUGAUUGUUUACAGAAUUUUAAUAAAAGUAAAUGUCAA